AUGGCAUCUUAUUCCCUCUAUGAGAAGUACAAGACAGAUACUCAGUUCUUCGUCGGCUGGUUAGCGAAUGAAACAAAGUUACGCUUCUUGUCCAAUCCCACCAACCCCGGCUCAGCACCACAAAUCGACGUUGAUGCCCCCCCUACCGUCAAUGGUUUCGUCCCUCGAGCCAGAUACCUAGCCAGCCAGAAUCACAAUAUCCCUUAUUAUAUAUUCAGCGCUCUUGACUCAGCCAUCCGAAAGAGAAAGAUUGCCAGAGACGCUUACAGAGCGAAUGCAGGGGCCAAAGUCGAUCCAGCUCUAGCGGAGAGCGAUCGCACACAUCAACACUUCACCAACACCUUGGAACAAUGUUUUGACAUCCUCGGCGGUGCCGGCUGGACACGCGACGCUACACAGGACGGGAGUUUGCCUACUCUCCAAGACCUCCAAGAUGACAUAUCCAGGAGCUUCGCGGCACUGAACAUCCAAAACAAAGAAGCAUCUAGUGAUGAGGAGGAAGAAGUGACAAGUUCCAGAACAGCUCAGCGACGAAGACCUGGAAAGGGCAAGAAGAAAGGAAAGUCCAAGAAGGCCAAAGGAAAGCAGCCUGCCAAGGGACCAGUCGUCCACGAACAGAUUCCUUUGGAGAGGUUGCUCAACAUCGAUGGCCAAGACGAAAGGGCAAACAACUUUAUGCUUGCUGUACAUUCGGCCGCUCAGCAAUGGAUCGAGCUUCGAUGGUGCACCGCCUACAUGUGGAAGGAAGCCAUCAACAGCGGAGUCAAUCACAACACCGCCGUGGCAGCUGCUACAUCGAAAGUGGCUUUCUCAAUGGUCCGGAGAACUCAUGCCGCCAUGUUGGCCGACUUUGCUGGGAAUGACUCUUAUCUGACUAUCGUGAGGGCACUUGCUCGCGGUGAUGUCAGCAACGCACAAGGAACGUUUCAGUUCGAUAUUGCGAAUCCAAAUGGUGAAAUAGUACCCAGAACGAUUGACGACAUCGAGGAGCAAUUCCUUUACCAUGUCUACAAAGCCCUCAAGGCGUUUCUUGACGAUUUUCGACUCAACAGGACUGGCAAGCCAACAAGGAAUAUGACAAGAAGGAUUGCUAGCUGGGAUCCCAAAGCAAGAUUGGACACAAUGACUCACGAUGAGCGACUGACCUGGCGACAUCAUUAUAUUAUACAAUGGCUCUACGACCUCGUCAAUUGUUAUUCAGCGGCGCAGCUGAAUGCCAACAGAGACUCUGAUCACCCAAAGAAUUUGGAAGACGUUGACUGGGCCGGCGGCAAACGAACUCUAUUCGGCCUCAAUGAAUUCGCGGCUGAUAUUACACGCCUGGCAAUGCAGGACGCCAGAAUCAAGAUCGAAACCCUGAUCCAGCCACAUCACGUCUUUCAACUCCAGUGCAUCGUGGACACUUUCACCAUUUCCAAGGGAUGGCUGAUCCCAGUGGACUCGGAGCAUGUCCUGGAGGAGCCCGCAGACUUCAAGGCAAGGCGGGAUAUCGAUAAAUUCUUUGAUCGCCAUAAGAUCUACUCCCUGGGCAGCUAUCAUAAGGGAAUCGAAUGGAUGUGUAUCUAUUUGCAAGAACAUUGCGAGGAUUUCCACGACCUUGUGAGGGGUAAUGUUAUUCCGGACAUCCUCGAUGUUGAACAAGACUUUAGAAAUUAUCUCGGCCAGCACAUCUACGCCAAAGGUCAAGCCGAAGAGCGAAUCAAUGUUAUGACGAGGCUAGAAGACAUAUGGAUCGAUUGGGAAGCUAUAGAACCAUCUCGAUUUCAAGAAACAAAUGGGCUGCACGAAUACUCCCCUUUUCUCUGCGGCGCUAGUCUCGAGGAAGCCUUAUCGAUAUCAUUCAAGCAGAUGAUGUGGCUGUGGCAAGAGAUGCAGGAGCCGGUGCUUCUUCUCCAACUGUACCGAUUUCUCAAACAAGGAGAUUACAUUAAGGAGCCUGUCCCGCUAUGGGAAGCUCUUGAAAUUCUCUUCAAAAAGUGCGCGUUUCCGAAGGAUGUCGACGGUCAAACCGACGCUGGCAAGAUAACAGCAACCAUGACAAGCAUGAAGCCAACACAUUUACAAGCACUAGGUCGGAGGAGGGACAAGCCUAAAAAUGUACACGAGACCUACGACAUCAGUUGGUGCACAAACUUCAACCGAGAAUCUGCAUUAUCAGCCUAUCGAAAGGCCGACUGGAACCAUGAAGCUCUUGGUGUACUGGAUACUUCUUUGUCUAGCGAUUUGGACAUUCUCAAGUCUCUAGGUACAAAGUCCGAUGAUGAGGACGACGAUGAAGACGACGAUGAGGAUACAACGCCUGCUCUUCCUGAGGCUAGGGGUACCGGUGCAACAGAAACUGCAGGAGGUCCAUCAACAGCCCAGACAACAACUCAAACGACCUCACCAGCUCCCCCUCAGCCAGCGCCAGAGAUCAGAAGCGAUCGUGACGUUGUCUUGAAUGCUGAAGCGGAUUUCCUGCAGGACGUGUGUGGUUUCUCGUUAGAAGCACCAAUGAGGCCUCUCUCUGGCAUCAACUACCCAAUCAUCACCCACACCAUACUUGGCGUGUUUGCUCAAAUUGAACAGGCGCUCGAAGCGGCAGGGAACCUGGUGUACCUAACUUACUAUGAUGAAGCCUGGGCUAGGCAGCAUGGCCGUCCACCACUGAAACCUGGUACGAGCAAGAGAGGAUCUAUGUUUAUUUCGUCACUUUCGAAGAGGGAUGAACCCUGUAAGGAGUUAUUUGAAAUCACUGCCGAUGUUCUGCAGCGUGAGCGUCGGCGGAUAUGGGAGUUUACAUAUUGGGAAGAUCACGCCUAA